AACAUGAACGAAUUGAAGAGCAAUCCUGUGAAUAUCGCAAAUUUAGUACCUCCGAACCUCAAAAAUUGAUCACAGAGGAAAUAAAAGCUGAAGGGAUGGUCAAUUGGGGAGUUUAUGCUACUUAUAUGAUUAAAUCAAAAAAAAGAAUUAUGGUUUGGCUCUUAAUAAGCAUUUUAAUUUUGGCAACAUGGUAUAUCCAAACGAAGCAAGAUUUUUUGAUUAAAAGUUGGGCUGAUGCUCACGAUAAACACGAUCAAGUGAAUCAAACAGUUUCUCAUAUUGAAGUCCUUUCUCCCUUGACCGAGAACUUCAAUCUUAUCAUAAGAAAUUUUAUCUUGACCAAUACUCUGUUUCUUCCUAUGUCCUACGAAUUUAAUAACGUUGAUUAUUAUUUCUGGGCUUACGCAUUUGUCACGUUGUUGGCCAUUUUAUUAAAAUCUUUUAAAACAUAUGUUAUAUUUCGUGGCUCUUUAAUAGCAUCUAAAGAGUUACAUAACUCUAUGUUGGAGAAGAUUUUAUAUACAACAAUUAGAUUUUACGAUACUACUCCAAUGGGCAGAAUUAUGAAUCGAUUUUCAAAAGACAUGGAAAUUAUUGAUCAAAUUUUAUCCCUCAACGUCACAUUUUUUAUUUAUUCACUCAUGUCUGCUGCUGCGUUGGUGAUUUCUGCUAUAUUUAAUGUCGAUGUUGAUAUAAGAUUUAAAUUUUUAAUUGCCUGCCUAGAAUCAGUUAGUAGGUCUCCUAUAUAUUCGGCAUUUGACAGUACUAUCGCAGGCAUAUCUACAAUCCAGACAUUUGGGGCAGAAGAAAGAUUAAGGAAAGAAAUGUGGGAUCUUAUAGAUAACAAUAAUCGACCAUUCCUAUUAAACUGGGCAUGUAACCAAUGGCUUCAUACUCAUGCCAAUGUAGUAGGAGGUUUAUUUAGUGUUGCUAUUGGUUUUAUUAUUAUCUUUAACCUUUCAAAAGGAAUGGAAGCAGGGUUAGCAGGAUUAAUCCUUACAUGUGUUUUGAGUUUCAGCAAAAAUAUUGUCAAUGCCAUUACCACUUAUUCAGUCAUGGAAAUGAACAUGAACUCUGUGGAAAGAGUUCAUGAGUAUUUAGCACUGAAAG